CGGACAGUCGCGCGAUGGAAGAUGUUGAUAGUUACCAGAUGUUGACGUUUGUCACCACUUCUGCCUGCGGGCCUCAGCUUUUUUGCUUAUCCUCAACUUCCACGCUCUGUCAGAAUCCGUGAUCCGUUCAACAGCGGAUGCGGUUGCAGUGGAGGACCUUGUGAAUCGUCUGCAACUGGUGGCAGUCAAGCUGUUUUCAGUAGUUGCCUGAUUAGAAGACUUGAACCGCUGGAGAGGCAAGAAUGGUGUAAACUAAAGUGACGAUUGUUGUUGUUGUUGUUUUUGUUGGGUGAGUUUGCUGAAGAUGGCUAAGAAUGGGUGGUUGGGACGGACUAGUUUGUAUAUAUCUACAUGGCUUUUAUAUUUGUGGUCAGUGUUCCUUUUAUCUAGAGCCCAGCUGCCCUCAGGUUCGGUAGAUAUAUUAAAGGCUGUAAAUAUAGCCCAAGAACCCCUAGGAGUAAGUCAAUCCAUUGGAAUAUGCGACAACAGGGCAAUCAGGAUAGACGAUGAAGGCAAUCCUGUGUACGGUGCCCCGGAUGUAGCUUUCAGCAUCACACAGACGGCUGUACUUACAGUCACCACAUCACAACUUUUCACAGGCUCUUUCCCGUACGAUUUCUCAGUGCUGGCCACCCUCCGUCCCAACCAGGGAACCGAAUCAUUCCUAUUCACUAUUUAUAAUAACAUCGGUGAGGAGCAGCUGGCUCUCGGAAUCGGAGAGAAUGUCACUUUCAUGUGCAGGGACAGUAUAGAUGAACCAACACUGGCUCAGGCUACUUUCCCUGUACCAGUCAAUGAUGGAAAAUGGCACCGAUUAGCUCUUAGUAUCAAAGGUAAUUCAGUGACCCUUUUGAGUGAAUGUGGUCGACAACUCACUGAAUCUCUAAGCCGGAGCGAGGAAGCUUACAUAGACACAACGGGUAUCUUGCUUCUAGGAUCGCAGCUUGUAGACGGUGUGUAUUACGAGGGCGACAUCCAGCAGCUCCAGAUUGUACCUAGUCCUGAAGCAGCUUACGAGCAAUGCAUUGACUAUAUGCCUGACUGUGAGUUUCCUCUUCCUUAUUCCCAAGGACCAGAAGAUACUGUGUUUCCUGAAUUCCCUGGUAUCACGAAUUCCUCGAGAACAGAUGAUGAUGAUGACGAAUUUACUGAUUAUUUGUAUCCUGAAUCACUCCCAGGGGUUUUCACCAAUUACUCUCAACCGGAUGAAAGCGGAUCGGUAAACGUAAACGAAAACCCUGGCUACCAUUAUUAUAAUGUACAGGGUUUGCCUGGACCUCGUGGUUACCAAGGUCCACCUGGCCCACCUGGUGCUAAAGGUGAAAAGGGAGAUCAAGGAAGAGAUGGAAUUAGUGGUUUAGAUGGUGCAAUGGGGCCUCCUGGUCAUAUAUUUAUGAUACCUUAUCAACCUCAAGGAGACAACAAAGGCCCUGAUGCAGCUGAACCUUUGAGACAAAUGCUUAGUCAACACAUGUUAGCAAUGAGAGGUGCAAUUGGACCUGUAGGAUUAACAGGGUUACCUGGACCUGUGGGUCCACCUGGACUUCAAGGAGCUAAAGGAGAGCCAGGAGAAGCUGGAGAAGAAGGACCAAGAGGACUAAGAGGCAUGAUGGGCCAUCCAGGUAGACCUGGUCGAAGGGGAACCGGCGGAAGAGAUGGAACUCGAGGACCUCAUGGACCCAUCGGAUCUAAGGGUGAUGUAGGAUUACCUGGAAUGCCUGGAUUACCGGGAGAAAAAGGAGACAGGGGAUUUCCAGGAUCUCAAGGGGAACCAGGAUUAAUAGGACAUGAUGGACCUCAAGGAGAAGAAGGCCAACCUGGACAACCUGGCCUGCCUGGAGAUAUGGGUCCCAGAGGAUUCAUAGGACCACGCGGAUUUCCCGGUUUGCCAGGUCCUCCAGGAAUACCUGGAGCAGAAGGCUCUACUGGUCCAAAAGGAAAAGAGGGUCCUCCUGGCCAACCUGGACAACCCGGGCAGACUGGUGCUGCAGGACCAAUGGGCCCACCGGGACCUCAAGGACCAUUAGGGCCGCAGGGACUCACGGGUCCUCGUGGCAAACCUGGACUCCCUGGUCUAGCUGGUGCUGAUGGACUCCCAGGUCCAGGAGGAGUGCCUGGUAUUCCUGGAGCGAAAGGAGAUCCUGGAGGAUCUGGUCCUCAAGGUCCAAUGGGAUUUCCAGGACAACGAGGAGUUAAGGGGGAUCAAGGUGUUAGAGGACCAUCUGGAGAAAAAGGAGAAAAGGGUUCGAGGGGUAAUGAUGGUCAAAAAGGAGAUUAUGGACCUAAAGGAGACCAAGGCGUUCCUGGUCCAGAUGGAACUCCGGGUAUUGAAGGCCCUGAGGGUCCAAAGGGAUUUGAAGGUCCAAGAGGUGAGAUGGGUCCUCCUGGUCCAACUGGUGAGAAGGGUAAAAUAGGAAUCCCCGGAUUCCCAGGUUAUCCUGGUCACCCUGGAAUAAAGGGGGAGAAAGGUUUCUGGGGCAAACCUGGAAAGAAAGGUGAGAAAGGAGAAAGGGGUCAUACUGGACUACAAGGUGAUAGAGGACCCCAAGGUCCCAGGGGCAAUCGUGGAGUUCGCGGAAGGCAGGGUAAACCUGGGCCACCUGGAGAUAAGGGUAGUACAGGAGAACCAGGCUCACCUGGGCCUCAAGGCGAAAGAGGACCGCAAGGUAUUCAAGGACAAAGAGGUUUUGCUGGUCCACCAGGACCACAGGGUGCCAGAGGAAAAGAUGGAGGACCAGGGAUGCCAGGAGAAAGAGGGCCCCCGGGUGAACCUGGCCCUCCCGGACCACCAGGACCUCCUGGAGUCGUAGGCCCUCAAGGACCAGCUGGUGAACCUGGGCCUUCUGGAGAUAUAGGACCAGCAGGUAUUCCUGGAGUUCCCGGAGAAGCUGGUUUACCAGGACCAGCAGGUAAAGAAGGACCACCGGGUCCCCCAGGUCCUGUUGGAGAAAGAGGUCCUCAGGGAGCUGUCGGACCUCCUGGAUUUCCCGGAGACAGAGGACAUCCCGGACCUCCCGGUGUUCCAGGAUCUAAAGGCGAUGUUGGAUUACCAGGAUCACCUGGAUCACCUGGCGAGAAAGGAUCAAUGGGAUUGCCUGGAGAUGCGGGUCCACCAGGAGAUAAGGGACGAGAUGGACCAAUAGGACCUGCAGGGCCAGCUGGACCUAAGGGAGAUAAAGGUGACUCUGGAUUACCAGGUCCAAUGGGAAGAGAUGGUCUACCAGGAAAUCGUGGUCUACCUGGACCACCAGGGCCCGCAGGACCUGCAGGAGAAGAUGGAGAUAAGGGCGACAUUGGUCCACCUGGUCAGAAAGGAUUGAAAGGUGCUAAGGGAGACACUGGCCCUCUAGGAUCUCCAGGAUCCCAAGGACUCAGGGGAGAACCUGGAAUUGCCGGCCCGAAAGGCGAAAGAGGUAUGCCAGGUCUUAGAGGAUCAAGAGGAACAAAAGGUGAAGAUGGCCCCACAGGUCCUCCAGGCCCAUCAGGGCCACCAGGGUUACAGGGACUACCAGGACCUGCCGGACCCAAGGGAGAUCGAGGAGACCAUGGAAAAGUUGGACCACCUGGACCUGCUGGGCAACCUGGAGAACCAGGACCGCCUGGUUCAAAGGGCGGGGAAGGCAUAGCUGGACCACCUGGUCCAGAAGGCAAGCAAGGUCCUAAGGGAGAAGAUGGACUCCCAGGUACACCAGGACCACCAGGAAAAGAUGGCGAACAUGGACCGCGUGGUCCACCAGGACCUAAAGGAGAGGACGGAAAAAUGGGCUUACAAGGACCACCCGGACCUAGAGGACCGCCAGGACCAGCAGGGCCAAAAGGUUUACCUGGAAAUCCAGGAUUCCCAGGCCCUGCAGGUGAACCAGGAUUGUCAGGACCGAAGGGUGCCACAGGAAAAGAUGGAAGCGAUGGAAGUCCUGGUGAACCUGGACCUAUAGGUCCUCCCGGUGAGCCUGGGAAAAUGGGUGUAGCUGGUGCUCCUGGGAAACCGGGCCCUCCUGGACCAGCAGGAAAGCAAGGUGAAAUAGGAUUAACAGGAGAAAAGGGAGACAAAGGUCCAGCUGGACCUCCAGGAGAUCAAGGGCCUGUUGGGUCAUCGGGUAAUCCAGGGCUUCCAGGUCCACCAGGAUUGAGAGGCUCGCCUGGUCCAGCGGGAGACGUUGGACCUCCAGGGGCUGCUGGACCAACAGGACAGCCAGGAAAUACUGGGCCUCAAGGAGAUAAAGGUGCCAAAGGAGAAAGAGGGAAACGUGGUCUUAAAGGCCAUCGAGGACUUAUGGGACGGGCAGGUAUGAAAGGCAUGCAGGGAGACAAAGGAGAACGUGGUGAAAAAGGUCCUCAAGGUCCACCAGGACCGAAAGGAGAUCCUGGUCCACCAGGAAUGGAAGGACCGAAAGGAAAUGAUGGACCUCCAGGAGAACCAGGCUUGGAAGGUCCACCUGGUCCAAAAGGAGCGCAGGGUCCGACUGGCCCUAAAGGAGACCCCGGCCCAGCAGGUCCACAUGGUCCACCUGGACCGCCUGGCGAAGGUCCUCAAAUUCCGCCGGAAAUUCUGUUCCAAAGAGAUUAUCCCUACUAUCGACAAAGAAGAAGUGUUCGGGGGGAUCUCAUGCCUGCAGACGAACCAAAGAAGGAAGAAGAAGACGAAAAGAAAGAAACGGAGGACGAUAAGCCAGAGACCCUUCAAGACAAAUUGCUCAAUAUGUAUGCCAACAUCUACAUCAUGCGAAAGGAGAUAGUUUUGAUCAAGAAACCUCUGGGAACGAGAAAGAAUCCGGCAAGGACCUGUAGAGAUCUUUACCUGGGACACCCAGAUUUCCAAGACGGCUGGUUCUGGGUGGAUCCCAACUUAGGCAUGAUAGACGACGCCAUCCAUGUAUUCUGCAACAUGACUGCUAGAGGACAGACUUGCGUUUAUCCAGAUAAACACACGGCAUCGAGUCCUGAUAUUCAGUGGAAGAAUGACGAUGAUGGAAAUAAAGAAGUUUGGUUCAGCUCUCUGCGUGGCGGUUUCAAGAUCACUUAUGAAGGCGUUGGCGCUAUUCAGCUGACUUUCUUGAGACUUCUGAGUCAAGAAGCAUAUCAAAACUUCACUUACUCGUGCACGAAUGCUGUUGGAUGGUACGAUCAAGAGAAUGACAACUACGAUCUCUCCAUUCAGAUCAUGGGCGAAAAUGGUCAGAUAUUCGGACCGAAACCGCCCAAACCCCUCAUACUUCUAGACGGCUGCAAGAAUCGCAAAGAUUCCGAUAAAUCGGUGUUCGAAGUUCGAACAACCAAAUUGGAACGAUUGCCUCUCGUGGACUUCUUACCAAAAGAUUACGGAUCGUCUGAACAGGCGUUCGGAUUUGACGUCGGACCCCUCUGCUUCAAUUGAUGAGGCAUCGCAUUCAAUUCAAAACCCCAACGGACUUGCUGGAUAUAGCAUUGUUUUAGUGCAGCUUGUUACUUUACUCUAAAUUAUAUCGAUUUUGCUUAUUAUUUCAAUAUUUUGAAAUGUCGUGUGAAGUGUUUGUUAUUUUUUUGGACAUCAUAUGUCUUUGAAACCAUUUGAUUCGUUCACGUGGUGUCGCUUCUUAAAUGUUUUUCGUUAUCACAUUUGGUUAAAUGAAUGUUAGCAUUGCUGAAGUCAUCUGCUGAGUAAGAAGAUAUGGCUUAUUAAAUUCCUUAGAAUAUUUAUUAUAUUGUGUCGUAAUGAUUAAUAUAAUUGUGUAAUUCGGAUUUCUGCCAUUUUUAUUUUACUUAAUAAAAGAUUAAUAAAAGAUUUUUAAAUGAAACUUUUUUUAGAAUUAAAAAAAAGAACAUUAGAACUCUUUAUAUUUUUAUACAA